AUGGCUCGGAUGUAUGUGAUUGUGAAUGCGAGAGAAGGCGACGAAAUGAACACUCUGAUGAUGACUUUGGCUAAUAAACAUUAUACCUUUUCUGUGACUGAUAACAUCAGUAAAAUAUGCACACAGUGUUUAUCACAAACAGCUAAUGAUCAUCAUUCUGCGCAGUCAUCAUCAAAGUGUGAGGAAGCGCCAAAAGACCCCGAUGAGGAGAAGCCCAUGCUCAAAGAAUCAGAGAACGAAAUCAUCCUCAGGCAAUCAUGUUCCACUUCACAUGAUCUCGUGAACGAAUCAGAAAACUGUUCACCACCUAACUCUUUUGAAGUUUUACGUUUGUCAGACAAACAGCAUGCUCAUUCAGCUUCCGAUAUUAAUUCCAGUGAUGAGGUAUUCGUCAACUCACCUCGAUCAGUCUCACAUCUUGAAAUAGAGCCUAUGGAUGCAAUAACCUCACAAUCUGAUCUCCAAGACCUACGACUAUUUUUCAAUGCUUUAAAAGAAGAAGCAAGAGAACUACCCAAUGACUAUUUCCAUACAAAUCAUCCGCAAGAAGAGCCGAUUGCAAAAGUAGCGAGAAAGAAAAGAAAAACGAAAGACCUCUCUGUCACAGAGAAUGAUUUCUACCCUGGCCAUAUUCUGAAACAAUUCAGCGAGAGUUUCGAACACUCUUCGUUGACAGACAAGAAGUGCAGAGAUGUUAAUCGAGGCAAAUGUAAUUUGUGUAAACAAGCCAUAUCGGUUAGAAAUCAUCAUAUGAAAAGACAUGCUAUCACUCAUCUCGGAUAUAAAACAUUCCAAUGUCGUAUCUGUAAAAUGUUGUAUAAUAGGGGAGACAUGUGUAAACCACAUUUCGAAAGACAUCAUCCGGAAGCCGAGCAAGUACCGUUCGAAGACGUAAUUACUGACGAACAGUCUUUCCAACUACAGCGCACACUUAAGCUAUGCUUUCCAGACAAUUUCAAAUGA